CGCCUUCCCUGGAGCUGAAAGGAGGAAAAGCUCCGGGUGCCGCAGGGCUGCGGGAAAGUUUGCACUAAUCCGGGCAGCCGGGCGGUCGCAGCACAGAGGAUAACUGGCCGCCCGUUGCAGAGCCGGCUGGCGGAGGGUGUUGGUGGUGGGGAGAUGUGUGUGGCACCUGCGGAGUUGCAGACCUGGCUGCAGCCUUGGCAGGAUUCAUUUCUCCAGCAGCAGCGGAGCGAGACGAAGAUCCAUGGUCUGUGAAUGGUAGGAGGCAGCAGGGUCGAUCCUCGAGACCACGGGCGCCGGCCGGCUCCAUGGGUGCUCUGGGGCUCAAGCAUCCACUGAAAAAAAUUAGCCAGUGCUCAGCAUCUCCAGAGCUGCCUGCAGAUGUUAAAAAACCCCAACAAACAAAACUCCCGGUGCUUUAUGGGAAGAAGCAGCACACGGCUUUAACCUGGCUCUACAGCGUCUGUAAAGAUGGAGUGCUUCAGUGGGGCUUUUUGGUGUUUUUAGCUAGAGGUGAUUCAGUCUUUACAGACCGGGUAGCAGUAACACACUGCCUCUUCUGGAUAUGCAUAGGGCUUGGCACGGGAAUGGUCCUGGGUAAAAGUAAAGAGCCAUUUUUGUUGUUGUUUUUAUGCCUGCAAGCACCACCAGCCACAAAAAAAGGUGGCACCUAUGCUCGAGGCAGUAGGGGAUGCAGCGGCGCCUAGUGCAGGUGCGUGGCACGGGUAACUCCACACCUCCACACGUAACAUCAGUAAAGAAGUGGAGGAUAUGCCUUGAAAGUAGUGGGGCGGGGGUGAGGACUGUAGUGAAGCAGUUGUCCAACUGUUAAACAUAUAAGUGACUUAGCACAGAUAUAAACUUGCAGAUUUCUUUUGUGAUUGUAGCUGUAUUACAGAUCAAGACAAAUAAACCUCUUAUUUGUUAAAUUAGUGGAACUGAUGAAUACAACUAGGAGCCUUCUAGCAAGGGUGUAAUGUACUAAUAAACUAAAUGAAGACUAUACAGGCCUGCAGGCUGGACAGAUUAGGACUUGUGUUUUCCAAAUUUACUUUGGAGUUGACUAGGUUAGUUUGCUAUGUCAAACUCCUGAAUUAAGAAUACUCGUAGAAUGUAGAAAAGUGGUGGUAAAAUGUAACCCGUUACCCUCCAGGAUUCAUAUAACUAAUAAUGCUCAAGUAGGAUCAAUUUCUACAAACUAAUAUAGAGUCUAUAAAUCUCUAGAAUUCAUUCUGUCCAUAGGUAGUGUCACUAAAGCUAUAAUGAAAAUCAUUAUUUAACAUUAUUUUUAACAUACAGAGGUGGUAAUAAUUGUGAGCCACAUUAUUAAAAUGCCUGUAGCAAAAAUAGCAACUGUCAGAAAUGUGGAGGUGGAGGGAAUACUUGGAUUUUCAAGGUUACUGCAUAAAUAAAGCAAAUGAGUUGCUUUUUAUGACAUUUUGAAGGAUAGAUGUAAAAAUGUAAGCUAAUGACUACCAGCAGGGCUCAAAUUUACAUAGAAUCUAUUUGUUUUGUUUCAUCCAGAUAGCCAUCUGUGGAGGCGAUUAAUAGAUAAAUCUAAAAACUUUAAAUAGGUUCACAGCUCUUUUUGGAAUCCAAUCUUAGCAGAAGGACUUGUAUUGCAUUUUAAGUAAAUGCUUACCUUUUGUGGCCUUUAUAUUCUCUGAACAAGUUUUUAUAUACUUUCAGAGAUGUAAUUUGCAAGUUGAAACACCUUUCAGCAAAAUUGUAGUGUCUGCUGUGUUUGGUUGGAAGACUGGUUCUUGUUUCUUGGUUGAUAUAGUGUUGUCCCUUUUAAAGAGCUGUUCUACAUCAGAAAAAAUGUAAGAUGCAUCUGAGAAGAAGAUAAAAAGCUAAUUUGGGGGCAGGAACAUUUUGGAGAACCAUGUACUUUAUUUUUCAUUUGUGAAACUGUCCAUGUAAGUUUUAAAUGAUUAUACUACAGUGUGUUUAUCUUCUGAUGAACAUGUGGCUGAACUAGUUUUUAGAAUUCAGUUAUGUUGAUAGCUAUUUCUAUUGAAUUUAAAUCUGACAUUCAAAAUCUAUGCUUUGAAAAAAUAAUGGUGUAUGUGUUGUUGUUGGGCUUGUAAUUCUAUUACAUGUGAUUUUUUUUUUUAAAUUGAACACUUAAGACCAAUUUAUUACAGGAAAUCUGUCUGACUUCUAUUUUAAAUCAUAAAGCAAUGAUUUGCAUUAGGAAGGAAACAAGAAGAUAAUACCAUUUUAGAACAUGCUGAUACGUUAUUGCUGAAAGGAAAAAUAUGUUGCUCACCAAAUCGUGUAGGGGCUUAAGGGAGCAUAUGGUAGGUGUCUACCAGAAACCAGGUUUCCUAAAUAGAAAGAGUAUUUUUUCAGAGUCUAAUUCCAACAUGUAAUUAAAAUGGCAGAUUAUUCCAGUUUCUUAGCUAUUUCUGCUCUGGUGGAUUGAUUACUACUUUUUGGACAUCUGCCAAAGCAUUCUUUGAUCUAGGAUACAGUUGAAUCUUUCAAGAUUUUUUUUUUUUUUUUUUUUUUUACCAGCAAAGAGUAUGAGUUUUUCCAUCUGGUACAUAAAUCCCGCCCCCCUGGAACUGAGGCCUAGGUGUACAUUUUUGGGAAUUUGCCUAGCUUUGUUCUCUUCAGGAAUUUCUUCAAUGGAACAGCAAGUGAUAUUGCCAGCUGGCAAAAUUACAUCUGACAGUUACUGGGACACUGCAGGUUGUAGGCAUAUCAUCAGAGCUGUUGGCUUGCAGAGAAAAAUUAGCUUGCAAAUAGUAAGGCUUGAAAUACAAAAUCUUUGAGCAUCUGAAGCCACAGUGGCCAUUAAGUAAUUCUCUGUGGUCACCAAGUGAUUUCCUGGCACCACCAAGUGAUUGAUCCUAUCAAGCACUGGACCUGUCUGCCCUGCACCCACAACUUGGGGUCCUGGCCAGUCUCUAUGGAAACCUGCUGGGCUGCUCUGGCGCCCCUGGCACUGAGUGCAGGGCAGACGGGCCCAGGGCCAGAUAGGAUCAAUUGACCCUCCUGCCCCGCAAUCACUGCUGUGCUGGGCCAGGCCGGGUUAACCCUGCCCCCUGCUGAAGCUCACAUCUCACAGAAAGUCCUUAAGUGGCCUUCCAGCCCAAAUCAUUUCCCACUCUGGUCUUGCAACAUGUUCUGAAGGUGGACAGAUUUUUUGCAAUGAGCUUCCAGAUUAGUUAUGCCAAAUCAAGCCACUUUAACCAAGAACAUUGCUCUUAGGCUCUUAUGUAUGCUCCAGAGGAGCAUAGCUGCAUGGGAGGAUGGAGAGAUGUUUGGGUUUCAAUCUGUUGCUGGCUUUAAAAAUCAAGACCAGGGACUUGAACUGUAAUAUUAGUUGAAUGGCAUCUAGCAAAGAAUAUGAACAUGGAAGUGUUAUGCUUCUGGUGGCCCUUCUUGUGGAUAAGGUGGAUUGCCACACCCUUUUCUUCCACUGUUGGUUCCAAAGACAAAAGUUUAAACCAUGUACAAAGAGGUGACACUUGUGGUGAAAUACUGUCCAUCCUCAAAAACAGUUAUUUCUCAAAAGCUAAUCAGCUGUCCUGAUACAGUGUAAAAAUCACAGGUGUGUUUGGUUGGCAAGCUAAAAAUUUAGGAGGUGCAUGAAUUUAGUUGUAGGUCUCAGAAUUGCUGCUUAUAAUAAGGUUAAUAAACAGCAAAGAAUAUCUUUGUGAUGGCUUUUACAAGACCGGAGGAUCACCCUGUCAGGCAGGAUGCAAAGCAUCCAGGGGGCAGGAGCUGGGCCCACAGUCAACCUAGAUCAAGUGAGAGAACGCUUUGAGAGGCUUGACAUCCAUAAGUCCGUGGGCCCGGAUGGAAUUUACCCAAGAGUCCCGAAGGAGAUGGCGGACAUCAUAGCGUGGCCUAUGGUGAAGAUAUUUGAGAACUCAUGGCGCUCGGCAGAGGUACUAGAAGACUGGAGAAGAGUAAACGUGGUCCAAAUCUUCAAGAAAGGAAGGAAGGAAAAUCCAGGGAAUUACAGGCCAAUAAAUCUGACAUCCAUCCCUGGAAAGAUCCUGGAGAAAGUCAUCAAAAGUUCCAUCAGCAACAGGCUAACGGAACAUAACUUUCUGAGUGCCAGCCAACGUGACUUUGCUGCUGGAAGGUCUUGCCUGACCAACCUCGUCUCCUUCUAUGACCGGGUGAUGCAUUGCCUAGACAAGGUAGAUGAGGUUAAUGUCAUAUACCUGAAUUUUAAGAAAGCCUUUUGCUUGGUCUCCCAUGAUGUCCUCAUGGUUAAGCUGGGGAACUGUGGCCUUGACCAUUUCCUGGUCUAAUGGCUAGGGAACUGUUUCCAGGGUCAGACCCAAGGAGUAUGAGUUGACGGGAGCAAAUCAGUGUGGUGCAAGGCAGCCAGUGGUGUCCCUCAGGGCUCAGUACUGGGGCCAGUACUCUUCAACAUCUUCAUUAAUGACCUGGAUUUGGGUGCCAGAUACAGACUGGCAAAGUUCGCGGAUGACACUAAACUAUGGGGGAAGGCAGUCACACUGGAGGACAGGCUGGGGAUACAGGCCGGCCUGGACAAGCUCACAAAAUGGGCGAAUCCAAACCUGAUGGUAUUCAACGUAGAAAAGUACAGGGUGCUCCACCUUGGGAGGAAAAAACAGCAUCAUAUUUAUGGGCUCAGCAGUGCUAUGCUCACUAGCACCAUAAUUGAAAGAGACUUGGAGGUCUUGAUUGACCACAUAAAUGAACACGAACCACCAAUGUGAUGCCGUAGCUGUCAAUGCAAACCAAACUCUCGCAUGCAUCCACCAAUGCAUCUCAAGCAAAACCAGGGACCUCAUCCUCCUGCUUUACUCGGCCUUAGUGAGGCUGCAGCUGGAGUACUGUUUCUAGUUUUGGGCCCCCCACUUCAGGAGGGACGUGAAUAAGCUUGAGAGAGUCCAAAGGAGAGCCACCCACAUGAUCAAAGGCCAAGAGAGCAAGCCUUAUGAGGAGAGGCUGAGGGACAUGGGUCUCUCCAGCAUGGAGAAGAGAAGGUUCAGGGUGACUUACAGACUGGUGGCAGCCUAUAAGUAUAUAAGGGGUGUGUACUAGGACCCCUCAAGGGAUAACAAGGUCUAACAGCCAAAAACUUCUGAAAGGGCAAUUUAGACUGGACGUAAGGAAACACUUCUUUACAGUCCUGGUGUCCAGGGUCUGAAACAGACUCCCCCCAGAGGUGGUGCAAGCACUUACUUUGGACUCAUUCAAAAAACAUUUGGAUGCUUAUCUUGCUGGGAUCAUUUGAUCCCAGCAGAAUUCCUGUCUAUGGCAGGGGGGCUGGACUCCAUGAUCUUGCAAGGUCCUUUCCAGCCCCUAAUGUCUAUGAAAUCUGACCUCAGCACUGAGGUGGGCAGAAGAUAAUCACAUACUCAAGAUUUCAGUUUAUCUACCUCACUUCUUUUUCCAUAUCUCUCUCCAGGUAUUCCCUGAAUCUAGAAAGCUAGGAUUGGAAGUGGCUUCUUUCUGAUCUGAAUUGGGUUUUCUGGGUGUGCCAAUUGACAUAUCUGUAACAAUAGCAAAGUGUUGUGCUGGUGCACCAUGAGUGAGCUGGACAGCAGAAGCAGAGGGCCUGUGACAAUCCCAAAAAAUCUCCAUUAGCCUACCAGUGUAUAUUUGUAUAUAGUGUACUGAUGUUAAUUAUGGUUCCUUCAUUUUUAAAUUGAUUUUAAGAAAACGUUUUAAAGGGGAAUUUUAUUGAGAUGGUAAUCCAAGACUAUUUUUCCAUUAGAGAAUCAGUUAUAUUUACAAAACUGGUGUUUUGUAAGGAGUGUGGUCUGUUAACAUUCAUUCUUCUUCUUCCUUAAUAUAACUUUGCAGCUGAAGCUGAAACCUCUUCAUUUUUAAAUAUAAUUUAAACCAUCUAAAAUAGGGGGAAAGGACAAAAAAGGCAUAGCAUUUUUUUUUUCUUUUAGUAAUGAUAAACUAAUUGUGAAUCAGGUUGAGCUGAUGCCCAGAUAAAACUUCCAUAAAGCUCAUUUGACCAAGCACUUGUUGAAGCUGUAGUCUAAUAGUACUUUAUCCAUAUUCCAUCACUUUUGUUGGGUGUUCUUUGGUCUUUUCAGGAUUCUUUUAAGUUUUCUGUAAGAAUUUUUAAAAAGUUUUUGAUUUUAUGAAUGAAGGUUAAUUUCUCAAUUUUACUUAGGCCAGGAUUACAUGGGAAUAAAGGAAUUGGACCCUAGCGCUGUGUCUACUAGAGAGAUCCCAAAGAAAACAAUUCUUUAGAGCCUUUGAGGACAUUGUCUGAAUUAAUGGAUCCAGCAAAAGCCAAAUUAACAUGAUAUGCCUAUGUAGGCGAUAUUACCAGCAAUUGUACUAAAUACUUCACUACUCAACCAGUUGCUCAGGUAUUCUAGCUGUCUUUGUUGCUAUGGGAGAUUGGAAGACUAUUACUGUGCCAGCGCCGUCAUCAGUUUUAGAUAGCAAAAAUACUUCUCAAUAUACCUCAGAAAAAAAGAUGUCUCCCUCAAGCUUAAACAUGCAACAAGUGCUACGUUUGCCACUGCCUUCAUCCAAAAGUACGCACAGCUUUUUCAGUGCCUUCUGCACAGAAGAGAAUGUUGAACAGAGUAUAUCCUAUCUUAAUAGGGAGUUGACAACACUGGGUUUCCCUUCACUUUAUGCAGAGUCCAAAGGUAAAGAAUUAAACUUAAUAUCUAUCUUAAAUUGUAUGAAUGAACUACUUGUACUUCAGCGCAAGAACCUCCGAGCUCAGGAAGAGGUGGAAAUGCAGCACUUGAAAUUGGGUAGUGAUAUGGAUCAUCUGCAGAACUGCUAUGCCAAACUAAAGGAGCAACUAGAAGCCUCUAAAAGAGAGAUAGUUGGACUUCAGGAAAGAGACAGACAGCUUCAAUGCAAAAACAGAAAUCUGCACCAAUUACUUAAAAAUGAAAAGGAUGAGGUGCAGAAAUUACAGAAUAUUAUUGCAAGUCGGGCUACUCAGUACAAUCACGAUAUGAAAAGAAAAGAAAGAGAAUACAACAAACUAAAAGAACGAUUGCAUCAACUAGUUAUGAACAAAAAGGAUAAAAAGAUAGCUAUGGAAGUUCUAAAUUAUGUAGGUCGAGUUGAUGGGAAGAGAGGUGGUUGGAGAACUGAUAAAACAGAAGCCAGGAAUGAAGAAGAAAUGUAUAAAGCUCUGUUAAGGGAUUACGAGCAAUGCCAAAAACAGCUUCUAGUAGAAAAUGCUGAGCUGAGGAAAGUUCUUCAACAAAUGAAGAAAGAAAUUAUUUCACUCCUCCCCCCACAGAAACAGAAACCUAGAGAAAGAUCUGAAGAUGGUAUCGGACCAGUGCUGUCAGAUCUAGAAGAUGAUGUUGGGGAAUUAAAUAAAGAGAACAUGUGGGAACUCUCCUGUGAAACUGUGCGAGAGCAACUGACCAACAGCAUUAGAAACCAGUGGAGAAUGCUGAAAAAUCAUGUUGAAAAAUUAGAUAACCAAGUGUCACGUGUGCAUUCAGGUGCUCUGACUGACAAAGAUGUAAUCUCAAGAGAGGACCAUGAAUUGGAAACUGAGAAGUUAGAGUUGGAAAUCCAGCAUUGCAAAGAAAUGAUUAAAACUCAGCAACAGCUCUUGCAGCAACAGCUUAUGUCUCCAUGUGAUGAUGAUACCACUGUGUUACUACAGGACUGUUAUUUGUUGGAAGAAAGGGAACGUCUCCAGGAAGAAUGGAAACUAUUUAGAGAACAAAAAAAGAACUUUGAGAAAGAGCGAAGAAGUUUUACAGAAGCUGCAAUUAGACUAGGACUUGAGAGGCAGGCCUUUGAAGAAGAUAGAGGAACAUGGCUGAAGCAGCAGUUUCUAAGCAUGACUUGUGAUUCCAAGUACUCGGAAAAUGUGAAAACUCAAAGUGCUACCUCAGGAAGUUCUGAUCAAGACAAUCAUUUAAUGAACACCAGGUCUCAACAAAAGAAACCUCGCUCCCUGUCUAGUGUACCAACCUCAGCAGAACUUUGCCAGACAAUUCAGGAUACUCCUUAUAGCAGUCCAUGUGCUAUAUCAAAUAAAACCACUGAAGAGAGCAAGCCAAAUCAGUGGGAGGAAAUCUACAAAGAAGAAACUGAGAAAUGCUUCAAGAUGUAGAUCACAAGAAGAUUAUAGCUGAUACUCUGCUGCAUAUAAACUCGCACAUAGAAAAUAAACUGCCUUAGACUUCCUAGGGUUGUCUGCUAUUCUGCUAUCUUUUGUUAACGAGAUGUGUCCAUACACUUUCUUUCUAAGGUGAAACAGUGUGUUGUGCGUUUGGUCCUCUUUUCAAAGAGUUAAGAGAUGGUGGGGGGGGGGGGGUAUAUGUGGGAAAGUGAGGGAAAGUGAGGUGACUGGCUCUUUGUUUUGUUUUUGUAAAGACAGUUUCUUGCCCUUUAUGUGUAAUUUUGAAAGAUUUUAUUUUAAAAAUAUAAAAGCUUUGGAUAUUUUUCUAGCAACAGAACUCUGAUUCUGUGAAUGAAGGAAUGUAUGAAAUUUUCUGGUUGUAAUGAAAUACUGAAACCGUAGCGUUUCCUUUCAUCACAGGCAGAGGCAGCACUUUUAGGAAUUGUUUAAUUAUGGUAAACAUUCAUUUUUGUCUCAACUGUAACUGUCAUAUUUUUUUUGCCUCAACUUGAAUGUACAGUAGAUUUUUAACAAAACAGGUUCUAUAUUUAUUAAGUCGUGUGAUUUGAAAUUACCUCUUUGAUAUCUUUCAGAUGACUAAAGUGCAAGAUCUUUAUAUGUUUGUAAAUAUACAAUAUAAGUGAUUAUGCUAAGAUGCUACAAAAUGAAACAUGCAUCCAUAAUCGUAGUAUUUUACAUGCCAAUUUAAACUGUUUUAUAGUGAUAUUCUGUUUACAGAUGUAUUGGAACUGUCAGUGUUUCAGUCAAGAAUUGAAUUCUUUGAAACAUAUUUGGGAAAUAAAUGUGCAAAGCAUAUCCUAACAAA